AUGUCCAAAAACAAGAAAGACGCCAAAGACGAAGGAGAUGACACCAAUGACACCGUUCAGACCAAUUCACGCUCCGAUGAUGCUGUCUCAAUAACAGAUGAUGUACGUGGUGCAGAAUACUACCAUGGACUUAUUCCCAGGAUGGACGCAGAACCUUUACUCAAAAAAGAAGGCGACUUUCUGUUACGGAAGACUGAACACUCUCCGGGUAUGAUCGUAUUGGCGUUGUCCUGCAAAACAGAAAGUGGUGUUAAACACUUUAUGAUAAAUCAAGACGCUGAUGGUACAUUCUAUCUAGAACAUCAUCAUGAAAAAACAUCGAACGCUCGUCUUCGACGUCCAGUUGAACGUACUCAGUGGCUUCUUAAUCACGAUUCUAUUCUACUUGUAAAAAAACUUGGUGAAGGCGCAUUUGGUGAAGUAUAUUUGGCCGAGUAUGGCAGUGGCAAAACGAAACAGGAAGUAGCCGUGAAAACUAUGAGGAAUGAGGCUACACGAGAUGCUCGUUUAAAAUUCAUGAAAGAAGCCCGACUAAUGCGAAAAUACAACCACAAACACGUGGUGAAAAUUCUUGGUGUAGCAGUUCACGAGCAUCCGCUCAUGCUUGUAAUGGAGGUCUGCCCAAAUGGUUCCUUGCUGUCUCAUUUGCGAAAAAACAAAGGGAAUGUAGCGUUAGCAGAAAAGUUGCGAUUUUCAACAGAAGCCUCUGAUGGGUUGGCAUACUUGGAAAAGAAACUCUGUAUACAUCGAGAUAUUGCAGCGAGGAAUUGCUUACUGGGCGCCAAAUUUGAAGUUAAAAUAGCCGAUUUUGGAAUGUCAGACGAUAAAGUGAUUGUUCAUGAUGACACAUUAGAAAAGGUUCCGGUGAAGUGGUUAGCACCGGAAACACUUCAAGACAAAAUCUACUCGCUCAAAACAGAUGUUUGGUCUUACGGUGUCCUCGUGUGGGAAAUCUAUGCAGAUGGUGCAGAACCCUAUCCAGGUUUAACACGACUACAAACUCGUGCUAAAAUUAUUGUUCAAAACUACAGAAUGGAAAUGCCGAAGGUGAAUCCGUUUCAUAGUAUCAAUGUGUAA